AUGUCUGGCGAAAAGCGCCCUGCCCCCGCGGCCUUUGGGUCCUCUCACGAGCUCGUGGUCAAGCGAAACAAGGCCGACGCCGUCAAUGCAGGAACCGCACUUGUCAAAGGCUCUGCGCAAAAUGGAGCUCUUGUCCAAUCUGUUCCUCGUACAAGUGGACUAGAUGCUCCGAUCAUGGAGCUCACAGGACACUCCGGUGAAAUCUUCGCAACCCGGUUCAACCCCACCGCUCAACACAUCGCGUCCGGCUCGAUGGACCGUUCGAUCCGUAUGUUCGAUAUUUCUCCAUGCACGCCGCCUUGA